CAGCGCUGGCAUCUUUGUUCCAUCUUGGUUCAUCAUAACAUUAACAAGAAGUGCCAUGCCCUCCAUCCUCGAUACCUAACGAACACUCUCAGCCGUCCAUCGCUCCGUGGCCGCUUCCAACCCAGAGAGGAGAUUCCUCCCUCGGCUUGUCCAGAUUUGAGCCUCAACCUAAGUAUAAGGCGAGACCCCGCCAGACAGGCAGGCAGGCAAGCAGGCAGUCAGUCAGGCAGGCGGACCCGUGACCCGGGUGGGUUGGAUUCCAGCCCGAAGUUGAGGAAUAAGCUCCUGUGAUGGUCCUCCUCCAUCUAGCUUGGGGCCAAGUUCAUCUCGCUGAAACAAGCCUUGAGUAGAUUUUGAUUUGAUGGCCGGCCCAUCGCCCCAUCAACAUACAUCAACAUACAUCCAUACGAGAUCCAUACGAGAUCCAUACAUGAAAAACAGUCGCUAAGCCAGGAAGUGUUUGCGUAAGUUGAAAGAGAGAGAGAUAGAGAAAGAAAAUGACGAUGAAUGUUGCAGCAUCAUCAUCAUCAUCAUCAUCAUCAUUACCUCAACAGACUUAAGAUCGUGGGCGAUUCCGCCUAGUGUAACCCAAACAUCAUGGAGGCGUCACCAGAUCAGGCCCAACCGGCUGAACCUCUUCUCAGGGUCGAGGAGGCCCGCUUUGACCUCGAUGGCAAGACCUAUCGCUAUUUUCCCGUGCCGCAAGCCUUGCCCCUGGACCAGUAUGAACGGCUACCCUAUGCCCUCCGCGUCCUAGCCGAAUGUAUGGUUCGUCAGGCGGCCCAGAAUGCGGGUGGUCACGGCUCCAUUUGGCGGCAAUCGCUGAGCAAGCUCCUGGCUUAUCGAGCCCACGAAGGGGCCGAUAUUUUAUUCCAGCCUGGACGCGUCUUGUUGCAGGAUUUUACCGGGGUACCCGCAUUGCUGGAUAUGGCUGCCCUGCGGGAUUUAGUCGCCGAGCGCUGUGGACCGGCAGCUUCCCGCCGGGUAGAUUCGUUAUGCCCGGCCGAUUUAGUGGUGGACCACACGGUUCAAAUCGAUUACAGUCAAGUGCAAAGUUUGCGUAAGCCCAAACAAUCAGCCCUUAGUGGCGGUGCCACGGGUCCGGCCGUGGAUUCCGGCCUGGUCUCUUCCUUGAAUGGCUUGAACUUGGAUGCAUCGUGUCCACCACCCCCGCCGCCUCCGGCCAUUAUCGUUCAUUCGAACUACCCACCGACUCCGACCCCCGUACCCACCAUGUAUUCGACGUACAACGGAUACGCCUAUCCCUCGCCAUAUUAUGGACCUGUGGCCCCACCCCCGGCUCAGUUUUAUUCCCUGGCUCCCGCUUUUCACUCAUACGGGCCGGCCAAUUUGAGCGGCCCUGUGCCGGCGGCCGUACCCAAUAUGGUUCAACCUUCAUUUGCGCCCCCUACGCCGACGGUCGACAGUGUGCCGCACGAUAACCCGGGCCUUCCCAUUCAAGACGAAAUCUGUCCGUUUCACCAACGUCACACCUAUUGGGCCGAACUCCUGCGCAAGAAUCAGGCCAAAGAGUUUCGCAAGAAUGAGGAGCGCUUUGCGUUUUUGAAAUGGGUGAACAAGUCGUUUGGCAAUAUCACGGUAAUUCCCCCGGGCACGGGCGUUAUGCAUCAAGUGAACCUGGAAUAUCUGGCCCGCAUUGUCACGUGUCAAGAUGGUCUGCUCUUCCCCGACUCGCUGAUCGGCACCGACUCGCACACCACCAUGAUCAAUGGCUUAGGCGUCUUGGGUUGGGGUGUGGGCACUUUGGAUGCGGAAUCCGUUAUGUUCGGCCAUCCCAUUACCAUGACCAUUCCCAAGGUGGUUGGCUGCCGUAUCUCGGGCCAGAUUCCUGAUUACACAACCUCCACCGAGAUUGUCUUGCUAAUAACUAAGAAACUUCGUCACGCAGGUGUGAACGGAUGCUUUGUCGAGUUCUUCGGUCCGAGUUUGGAAGUGUUAUCCAUGGCCGAUCGUGCUACCAUCGCCAAUAUGUCGCCAGAAUACGGCGCCUUGGUCAGCUAUUUUCCGUAUGACGAACUAACCCUGGAUUACCUACAACAUGCUGGGCGAUCGGCUCAAGUUGAGUGCAUUCGAAAAUACCUGACUGAGGUAGGUAUGUUGCGGACUCCCCAGUCGAAAGAGCCCGAAUACUCCGAGGUAUUGGAAAUCGAUCUCUCUGAGGUGCAACCCUGUGUAUCCGGGCCCAAACGAUCCAAGGACAAGGUGUUGAUUCACGAAAUCGGGAGUGAUUUCCACAAAGCCCUGAUCGCACAUCAAGACUCAAGCAAAGGCUUCGGCUUGACCCUUGAACAAACGUACACUUCCUUGAAUGUGAAUGUGGAUGGAGCCUUCCACACCAUCACCAAUGGUUCGGUUCUAUUGGCCGCCAUCACAUCGUGUUCAAACACAAGCAAUCCCUCCGUGUUGCUGGGAGCGGGUGUCUUAGCCAAGAAAGCCAUCGAAGCUGGUUUGGCGGUUUCAAAAUGCGUGAAAACAAGCUUGGCCCCCGGGAGCGGUGUUGUCACCAGUUAUCUUCUCGAGAGUGGGGUCAUGCCCUAUUUGUACAUGCUAGGCUUUGAAGUUAUUGGUUAUGGCUGCUCGAGUUGUGUGGAUAACACCAAACCCCUUCCGGGCCCGAUUGUGGAUGCCAUCCGACAAGGCAGUCUCGUUUGUUGUGGAGUGAUGUCGGGCAAUCGCAACUUUGAGAGCCGAGUCCAAGCAGACAUCAAGGCCAACUAUCUGGCAUCUCCCAUGCUAGUCAUUGCAUAUUCGAUAGCAGGUCGAGUGGACAUUGACUUCGAGCGUGAGCCCAUCGGGUUCACAGCCGAGGGUAAACCCAUCUUUUUGUCAGAGGUGUGGCCGAGUCGCCAGGAAAUCCAGGAAAUGGAGAACCGCUUUGUGAUUCCCGCCAUCUUCCGGAACGUGGUUGGUCGCAUUUCGUACGGCAACAAGCAUUGGUCGGCUUUGGAAACGGCUGAAUCAGACCUGCACUUCCCAUGGGACCAGAGCUCGACUUUUAUCAAGCCUCCCCUCUAUAUCACCGAGUUGGCAGAGAACUUACCCGAAACCCCCAAAUCUUGGCUGAAAGGCAUGCGAUGCCUACUCAAAUUGGGUGAUAAUGUGACCUCUGAUCACAUAUCGCCAGCGGGCAGUAUCGUUCGCAAUAGCCCAGCAGCCGAUUACUUGUCCAGUUUGGGUCUGGCUCCUCGAGAAUACAGCAGUUAUGGGGCCAGGCGGGGCAAUUGUGAGGUUAUGAUGCGAGGAACCUUCGGUCAUAUCAGAUUGAAGAACGAGCUAAGCAAAAAAGAGGGUCCUUUUACCACUCACUUGCCCUCAGGUGUGCCAACAACGAUUUUUGAGGCCUCUCAGCGUUACAAAGUGGAGAAAGUGCCCCUUUUCGUGAUUGCGGGCGAGAACUUUGGUCGAGGUACGGCUCGAGAUUGGGCUACCAAAGGGCCCCUACUCUUGGGGGUGAAGGCCAUUCUAGCCUUGUCUUUUGACUCCAACUAUCGUGCCAAUCUGGUCAAGUCUGGCAUUCUUCCCGUGCAGAUUGAUCGGACGACUUAUGAAAUACUGACAGGGAGAGAAAUCCUGGACAUUGAACUGCCCGAGAGCGAAGAGGAUGAGCAAUUAAAGGUGUCGUUGGUUCUCAACCAUGACUUUGACAUUUCUGCAGAUCUAAGAUUGGAUAAUGAAUACGAGAAGUCCUUAUACCAAGAUGGGGGCGUCAUCCGGCAGAAGAUGCGGGAUCUCGUCGCCGAAUCUUGAGUCAUGGUCACUAUUUUUAAGCGAAAAUACUAUCGUACCGGAAUAAAAUAUUUACCUAGUUGUGUUAUCGGUGUUUCUAAGUUUUCGUGUGUUGUACAUUUUCAUCUCGUUACUGUCGAUUAAAAUACAAGCAAUCAAAAA